AUCAAAAUUAAUCACCGAUUAAUAUUUGUAUAAAUACUGAGCAUCGUAGAGGCACUUUAGUACUUAAUAUUUGAAAUUUAAUUCAAAGUUAAGUUUCUAUUAAAAUGAAGGUUGCCGUGCUCUCCGUUCUACUGAUCCUUGCAGGCACCUUAGCCUCGCCUCCUCAAUUCAAUGAAAGCAGCGACAUCGUUACUAAUCUUGUUCGUAAUAUAAUUAUAAGAAUCAGUGAACAUAUCAAGAAUUCUGGUUAUGACCCGCUAGAUAUUAGUAGGUUUGCCUAUGAAUACAUCGGAAACUUUUUUCAAUUUAAGUUCGAUAUUGAAGACUUACAUUUCUCCGGUGCUAGCAACAUUGUCAUCAGAAGACUCUUCAAUAAUGUCCUUCUUAGCACAUUCGACUUCGAUGUUGUAGUUCCACAAAUGAAUAUGAGAAUCGGUAAUUCUGGCCUAGAAGUUGGUAUUGGAGAAAAGGAACUGAGUGGAGAAUUAAGCGGCUGGUAA